GUGGAAGGAGGCUGUGUCCCGAUCGUCAUUUCCUGCGGCACGCCGGAAGGCGACUGCUAAGUGUCGCGAGAACAGGCUUGGUAGACCAGCGAUGUUCGCUGGGAUUUGUAGUCUCCUCUUGCUCCCCGCUUCGUCCUUGGUCCCUGCGGUCUUAACCGUCCCUAGCACCCGGUCUGAGGUGACAGGGGUCAGUGUCCCGGUAGCGGGCCUGCUCUUCAGCCGCAGGCCUGAGUUUCAGAGUAAUUAGUCGGUGUGGAAGACACCUGUCAUCAUCUCAUUCAUUGCAAGGGCACCCCUAUCAGAGACGCAGUAUACCGAGUGUCUUUGGGACCCCGGGAAGUGGGGAGCGGGAGGGGGAAGAGGGGCAGGUGUGGCCGCCAUGUUGGUGAAGGCGACCGUCUGCGCCGAGAGCUCCAGCACGUUGGCUCUGCGGGCCUAAAACCGCCAUAUUAAUAAAGAGAAAGGGGAGUGCGGCCUCCCUCCCACCCCGGUACUGUGCACGCCCCUCUUCCCACCCCGCUCUCUACGCGGAGCUUGUCGCCUGCCUCGUUUGUCUAGCGUUUGACAGAAGCUUAGCGGGCAGCGCCUCAGAACUGGCGUAAGGUAGCGCCGAAUGAGGGGCCGGGGGAAAUGCCGACCAAUUGCGCUGCGGCGGGCUGUGCUGCUACCUACAACAAGCACAUUAACAUCAGCUUCCACAGGUUUCCUUUGGAUCCCAAAAGAAGAAAAGAAUGGGUUCGCCUGGUUAGGCGCAAAAACUUUGUGCCAGGAAAACACACUUUUCUUUGCUCAAAGCACUUUGAAGCCUCCUGUUUUGACCUAACAGGACAAACUCGACGACUUAAAAUGGAUGCUGUUCCAACCAUUUUUGAUUUUUGUACCCAUAUAAAGUCUCUGAAACUCAAGUCAAGGAAUCUACUGAAGAAAAGCAACAGUUUUACUUCAGCCGGACCAUGUAAUUUAAAGCUGAAUAGUAGUCAACAAGUACUGCUCGAACACAGCUAUGCCUUCAGGAGCCCUGUGGAGGCGAAGAAGAGGAUAAUUAAACUAGAAAGAGAAAUAGCAAGCCUGAGAAGAAAAAUGAAAACUUGCCUGCAAAGAGAACGCAGAGCGACUCGAAGAUGGAUCAAAGCCACGUGCUUUGUGAAGAGUUUAGAAGCAGGCAACAUGCUACCUAAGGGCAUCUCAGAACAGAUUUUGCCAACCGCCUUAAGCAGUCUUCCUUUGGAAAAUUUAAAAAUUCUUCAACAAGAUCAGCAAGAUAAAACAUUACCAGUUCUCUAAAUGUAAGAUAGACGAGAAUAUCUGCACUUAAGUUUUCCUUACACAGGACCCAAUGCCCAUCUCCUGCCGUCGCCAACCAUACUCGGGCAAUUACACUACAAUCAAGUGCUUAAGUUUUACUUGAAGUAGCAAUAUCACUGGUGGAGACCUGAGAAAGUGUCAAUGACAAGUUUGAGAAUGAGAAGAAGUGCCUUACAUGAGGACUAUGUACUUAGACUUCAUUGUCCUAGGAAACCCUGUUAGAGGUUGUUUCUGGUCGUGUUCCUU